AUGUUCGGGUGCCGCUGGCGUCUACCAUCCGAAACCAAUCGACCCACAUGGGGCGAGUUGGCAAAGAAGGCGUUGAAGGGAAAGGAUCCUGAGAGUCUGAUCUGGCAUACACCUGAAGGCAUUCCAAUCAAGCCGCUGUAUUUGAAGGAUGAUCGCAAAUGUGACGAGCACAGGAAACCAGAGGUUCUUAUUCUCAUUAUAGCUACACAUCUUAAAUGUGUCCUCGAAAGGGGCUGCCACG